GUGGCCAUGGACCAUUCAUAAGUCCAAAAUUUCGGAGACGGAAGGGAGAAUAGUCUCUCUAAACCAGAACAACAAAAGGAAAAUCAAAAUCCCAGAUUGGAAGAGAUGGGUAAUCUAUUCGUGAAGAAGCCCAAGAUCACUGACGUCGAUCGAGCGAUUCUUUCCCUCAAGACACAGCGACGUAAGCUCGCCCAAUAUCAACAACAGCUUGAUGCAGUCAUUGAAGCAGAAAAGCAAGCUGCGAGAGACUUGAUUCGUGAAAAGAAAAAGGAAAGAGCCUUGUUAGCAUUGAAGAAGAAAAAAGCACAAGAAGAAUUAUUGAAGCAAGUUGAUACCUGGCUUAUUAAUGUUGAGCAACAAUUGGCAGAUAUUGAACUGGCAAGCAAGCAGAAAGCUGUUUUUGAUAGUUUGAAGGCUGGUAAUAAUGCAAUUAAAGCUAUUCAAAGUGAGAUAAACCUGGAGGAUGUUCAAAAACUAGUGGAUGAUACCGCUGAAGCGAAAGCUUAUCAAGAUGAAAUUAAUGCCAUAUUGGGGGAGAAAUUAUCAGCAGAAGAUGAAGAAGAAGUAUUGGCGGAAUUUGAGAACUUGGAAAGUCAGAUCAACCUUCAAGAUCUGCCUGAUGUUCCCACUUCAAUACAAUCUCCUGAAGAACAUGAUGAGAAGUUGGACCUUCCAGAUGUGCCAACCAAAGCACCAGUUGCACCUGAAGUGAUUGCCGAUGAUGCUGAAGUAUCCACGAAGAGGAAAGUCAUGGAGGAACCGUUGCCAGCUUGAUUGGGAAAAACAUGGAAUCAACAUUGACAUUGCCAUCACGUCAAGCUUUUACCAACUUCAAUGGACAAUCUUCUUGUAACCUGCGUCAAGUACUGUCUUAUUCAGUCAGUUUUUUAUGGAUCCUUGCAAUUGUAUAGAUUUUAAUUUGGGUUUCAACUUUCGCGACAUUGGAUUGUACAGAUCUGUAUCUUUACAACAUUCUUGGAAUCUUCGUGCAUAAAGGUAUUGCAAAGUACUGGUCACCUGAUCAAUUAUACUCCAUUCAUGUUUCUUGGUUA